CUGAAUGUGGGAGGGAAAAGAUUUUAAUUACUGGCAGAAUUGUACAUGUUAAGCCGUAACGGAUAUCAGCUCAAAGCCCUUGAUGUUAAAUGUCAUCUGCUCAUCAAGUGUAAAACAGUGUGAUUUCAAGCACUCUGCGGUUAUAAGUAGCAACACAAUCUACCCAGUCUGUUUUGACUGGCUGAUUAGAAACACAUUUCCCAUCCAAUAUCAACCAAACACCAACAGCAGGAGGAUAUGGAAUCUGGUGUAUUGUUAGUGGAAAGUGUGAAACUUCUCUCUCCCUCUCAGCCAUCUGAGUACACAGACUGGGGCUCUUUCAUAACAUAACUCCCCUACUCUCACCAAUUCCGGACCUCAAGUUCAAUCAUGAAUUUGGACUCCAUCCCUCUGUGUAGUCUGCAUGGGUGGAGACUGGAAGAAGCAGAGGAUGGACCCAUUAGACGUCACCACCACUCCCCAUCUCUCCUGUUAGACCUCUCGCUUCUCCUCAGACAGGAUUGAUGGUGAGUGGGAAUGAACAGGAGCGUGCGUCACCGCACUGUGAAAUAGAAACCGUGCGUACUGAAUGAAAAGCGCGAGUGGAGGACUGUAAAGUGAGAAUCUUUUUUUUUUUCUUUCGUCUUCCAAGCGUCGUGGAUCCGUGGGUUUGCAAGUAAGUUCAGAGGGAAGUCAUUUUGCGCGCCUGCCUUCGGUUUCGUGCGCCCUGGAUGUUGUGCCACGCCGCACAGGCUUAGCCAGCUGGCAUGUGAGUGAUAGCGUGCAGUUUACAGUACGCAGGGCAAUAAUACACUGAUCCUCACCAUUUUCAGUGGCAAGAACCUAGACCUGAUGAGCGCGCUCCAGCGUUUCCUCUCCAACUGUUAAACGUCUUCAACAUGCUGUUUAACGUCGUUGCCAGAUGAUACCUGUUGAUUUUGCAUCGCGCCAUGUCCUUCUGUCGGACUGAAGUGGACAAUGAAGUUAUGGGAUAGCCUGACCACUUGUUUGAUACUGCUGAGCACCGUGCACGCCAGCCCGCUGCUCCGGAGCCGACAGCAGCAGUCCACGUCCGCCAAGAGGAGAGGGCGCGCCGCCGAGAGUCCCCUGGAGCUCCCGCCGAUUCAGAUCCGCCUGUCUGUUUCCUCCCCGGGCAUCAGACGCGCUGAGGCGGAUACGGCGGACUGGGAAGAAGAGACGCUGGCUGGAGGUGAAAAAUACGCCAUGGAGGAGCCUCUCCCAAGUGACUUUGAAGAUGUGGUGGACUUCAUCAAAGUGACCAUCAGUAGGAUACGUCGCUCCUCCUCAUCCACCAUGUCCUCAUCUACCUCUUCCUCAACCACCUCCUCCCCCUCCAAAGAAAACUUAAGCAGUAGCACUCGACAGAGAAGGGAGAGGAAGAAGGGGGCGAGCCAGCAGGGUGGUAAAGGAGGAAGAGGUGGGGAGACAGGCAGGAAGGUCAGAGGGGGAGGUGGCGGUGGGCGAGGACAGGGCUGUGUGCUCAAACAGAUCCACCUCAACGUGUCGGACCUCGGUCUGGGCUACCGCUCCAGUGAGGAAAUGAUAUUCAGGUACUGCUCGGGACCCUGCAGGAAGUCUGAGACCAACUAUGACAAAAUCCUCUACAACCUCGCUCAUAACAGGAGGUUUCCUCCCAAAGACACACCUCCUCAGGCCUGCUGCCGACCAAUAGCGUUUGAUGACGAUCUCUCGUUUCUGGAUGACAACCUCGUUUACCACACAGUGAAGAAGCACUCUGCCAGGAAAUGUGGUUGUGUGUAAGGAGUAUGAACUGGUGUUAGGCUUUGUGUAAUUUUGCAUCCACUCCCACUUUGAAGUACGGUAUUUGAGUGUUUUUUUUCCUGCAGAUUUUUCACAUUGUGAGGAAACUUUUUGGCAUGACGUGUGACCGUGUACAACUUGAGUCCAUCAGGUAUCACCUAUGACCUCUAUUGAUCUGCUUAUUCUCCAUGUGGGCUCCAUUACAAUAGCUACAAUUUUACAGUCUACACCUUAGAUCACAAAGUCACAAAGUCAACCUAAAAGACUGACACCACUCAAAAUCAAAAACAGUGAAUGACUCAGCUGACUCACUCUGUCUACUGUACAGCACAUAAGUUACAUGGAAAAGGUCAUAUACAUAUGAAAUGUAUUUAUGAAAUCUUGAAUGUAUUAACUUAUUAAUAUUUAUUUUGUUUUUAUAAAAGGAAUAAAUAUUAUUUAUUACUGUAAUGUGAUAUUUUAUAGUGUGCCAAAGGUUUAAAUCAAAUGAUUUUUUUUAACUUCCAUAUAAACGCAGUAAAAGACCGGGCGGUUUACAUUGCAAAAUGAUCUUUUACGCAUCAGGAUCUUAAGUUAAAGGUGCCCUGUGAAGUCUUGUAAACAAACACCUGUGUGUCUGCGUGUGUGCACGAUACAAACAAAACAGGGACCCACUCUUUAAACAUUACUCUGCAGUGCUACUAGUGGUCAAAAACUCCACAGGGCACCUUUAAAGUUAUUCUUCAAAGGGAAACUUUCCUCAGUAUCUUAACGUUUACAAUGUUCUGCAAUUUCAGUGUCAUUUGACUGCAUUGUUUCCUGUUUUUGUUUGUUUGUUUUUAGCAAAAUGUUUCAUUCUCAUGACUAGAGGAGUAGUUGAUGAUUGAUUAAGAUUAAUUGCUGUGGUACCGAAACAAGAUUUCCUCACUUAAAACUAUAACUACAGCUUUAUUUUUUAUACAGUAUUCACUUUUAAAUUGUCUCAUUUAAAUGUUAAUAAAUGCAUUCUUACACA